CCCGCCUCUCUCUUUCUCCCUAAUCCCUAUUCAGCACCCGGUCCUCCGGAAUCCCCUCUCACUCGUCGUUGUGAGGACUUACAAUCAUGAUGACAAAUAGCCAUAAAAGGCUUCAAGAUGGAAAGAACAAACUUGAUAGACUUACAGAUCUUCCUAUUAAUGUCAUACACGAAAUUCAGGAGUACAUGACUGUUGAGGAUGCCGCAAGAAUGAGUGUCUUGUCCAGUAAGUGGAGACAUAUUUGGGUUUCAAAUCCAACGCUAAGAAUUUCUACGGACUUUUGCAGAAAGGGAAAGCAGUCAAGCACAAUAGACAUCAUUAAUAGAAUUCUAUUGCAUCACUAUGGACCCAUUAAGACAUUUCUCCUCGAUCUUUCAAUAAUAAAUCCUUCUAAGCACUCAGUUAUUGAUCUAUGGAUGCUACAUUUGUCAAGAAAUGGUCUUGUGGAUCUCACCCUCAUGAAUCCAAGAAAUUUGAAUGCUCCUUAUAAGUUGCCUUCCUAUGUGUAUGGUAUGGAACUUGAACAAUUGAGUCUGUCAAGUUGCAUCUUCAAGCCGCCUUGCAAUUUUGGAGGUUUCAACAAGCUCAAAAGCCUUGAAUUUGUUGGAGUCACCUUUGAAUUAGACGUUGCAACUUCUUUCCUCUCUGUUCCAAAUCUUCUAGAUUUGAUGUUUAUGCAGUGUAGUGGUCUUCAUCACUUGAAUAUAUAUGCCCCAGAACUUUUACGUUUAAAAUUUUCCCAUUGCGGCAUUGACACAAUUAAAUGGAUUUCCUUCAAGGAUUGUCGGAAGGUAAAAAUUUUUGCAGUUAUACCACAACUAGAAGUUUCACAAAACAGACAACAUGAAGCAAUGGACUUAGCAAAACUUCUCAACAGCUUGCCUGAAAUUGGAGCAUUUAUCUUGGACGGAUACUCCCUCAAGGUAAGAUGGCAAUUGAUAUCUUUGCAUAGGUCAGAAUGA